AAUAAAUAUGGAUUUAAUUAUUGUUAUGUUUUGAUUAGUGAUUGAAAUGAAUGUCAAUAAUAAUGAUAACAAUCAUUGGAUGUGUUUUGCAUUGAUUUGUGGUUUGAAGUGAUUAUGAGAUAAUGAAGUGAUCGGACAGUGAAUCCAAUCAGACCUACAAUUGAUUCAAAACAUAGAUUUCACUCAAAAAAGUGAAUCAAAUUAAUUGAAUGAAUGAAUGAGUAAUUCGUAAACAAUACUAAUUAAGCGAUCGUUUGGUUGUCAUUGAAUUGUCGGUCGUAUUGCAAGAGAGAGAUCCGGAGGAAUGGUAUUACCGGAGAGCGGUGUUGGAGGCCGUGGCGGGAGUGGCGUAAUGUCCGCAAUGAGUGGAUCAAUGUCUUCGGUGUCUUCAAUGUGUGAUAGGAUAACAUUAGUCGUGGAAAACACGCGAUUUAUAGUAUCGCGAGAACUGUUUGCCACCAAAAAGGAUACAAUGCUUUACAGUAUGUUUCACUCGUCGGCAUCGCUGACCAAAGCCAACCCUAAGGGAGAGUUCGAGUUCGAGGGCUUUUCGGCCACAGUUUUUAAGGCCAUUCUUGAGUAUUUCAAGACAGGAAUCAUCAAAUGUCCCCCCAGUGUGACAGUGCCUGAGCUCCGGGAGGCGUGCGAUUACUUUCUCAUCCCUUUCGACGCCUCCACUAUUAAAUGCCAUAAUUUAAGAGGACUACUCCACGAGUUGAGUAAUGAAGGCGCCAGAAGUCAGUUCGAGAAGUUCCUCGAAGAACGCAUUUUACCCGAAAUGGUUGUCUCAGCACAACGCGGCGAUAGAGAGAGUCAUAUCGUUAUUCUGCUGAACGACGAUGUGGUCGAUUGGGACGAAGAAUAUCCGCCACAAACCGGUGAAGAGUACUCUCAAAUCAUUUACUCGACUUCGAUGUACCGGUUCUUCAAGUAUAUCGAAAAUCGUGACGUUUCUAAACAAGUACUCAAAGAAAGGGGAUUAAAGAAGAUUAGACUCGGAAUCGAAGGAUUUCCAACCCAUAAGGAGAAGAUCCGGCGCCGACCGGGAGAUCGUCGUCCGGAAGUGAUCUAUAACUACGUUCAGAGGCCUUUCAUUCGCAUGUCGUGGGAGAAGGAAGAGGCGAAGUCACGACACGUGGACUUUCAGUGCGUGAGAUCCAAAUCGAUCACCAAUUUAUCGGUCGAUGGGGUCGAGAGUAUUGAACAGAAUGUCAGCGAAAUGGUGUUGAAUGAAGCGAACGGUGCUAUCGGUGGCGGUGUUGGCGGCGGUGGCGCGGAGGUCCCGGUAUUGGUGUUGGAGGUGUUGCUCCCGCGCCGGCACUUCCCGGACCUUUGGUCGAGCAAUCGGUGCCAACACGUGAUGAACAGCCCAUUAAUUAUCCGAAUGCCGAUUAGUUAUGAAUUUUGAUUGACUUAUAAUUUGCUCAAAACAACUGUCAAUAUAAAUGCUUAUAAAAUGAUAAAAACAUAAUUAAACUCUCAAUUAAUUGUAUUGAAAGUGAUUUCAAAUAUAAAACAAAAGAGUGUUUUAAAAAUUAGCUGUUUUUGUGCGCAAAUGAAUUCCAAAGCAAACGAUAAGUUGACUCAACACUUGUUCACAGCUCUUGUAAUUUUGAUCACAUUUUACCAAAAUUUAUGUUAAAUAAUGUCCUUAUUUUAUAUUGAAAUAUAUAUACAAAAUAAAAUUAAACAAUAAUAAUUAUAUUAAAAGUAAAA